CGGAGCUUGAUUAUUGAACUUGCUACUUUUGUCUGCAGUGAUAUCAUAACACUGCAAUAUGAAGAAGCGCUCAUAUGACCGCCGCCCGUCUGCAUCCCAGAGUAAGACACACACAGGUGCUGUAACUGGGGCAAAGGGAAGGCAUGAGGACUAAAAGGAAGAGGAAGGAUGCCAGCUGAGCCCCUCAUCCGCCUGCGACUGCCACCGCUGCCAGCAUCGAACUAAAGAAGCACAGAAAAUGGCUCAGUCUGUGAGGAGGCCCGAGACUCUAGGAGCCAUGGACCACGAGCCCCAGAGGGACAAGACCAGGACCAGCUACUUUGGCAACGUCAAGACCAGGCUGGGCUCCAAGCUCCCUCCAGGGGUCUCUCAGCCUCCACAGUUCGCUAAGGGGCCAUGGGAGACUCAGCCUCAGGCCCGCGUGACGCCGAGGCCAAACGCCAGCAGCCAGCGUCAGAACCAGCCCGCCGUGGGCCGGCCUCUCAACCACAUCCCCCACAUCAGAAACCCCAAACUGCGGCAGUACUACCUGCAAGGGACUUCAUGGGAUCUCAACAAUGCGGCCGUGAAACAAGAGUCUGUGAGUGGACCGUCAGAUGACAGCUCAGGCAGCGGGGGUCUCCCUGGGGACACGGUGUUCAGCGUGUCAUCUCAGUUCAGCGGUGUCGCCGUGUCCUCGGCAGAAGAGGGCAAAAUGGGUCACCGUCCAUCCCGAUCCUCCUUGAACUUGCCUUCCUCGUCUGCUGCCCUCAUCUCCAGAGAGCAGCUUCUUGUCCCGAAGGGGAAACACCCCUCUGCCGGUCAAGGAUCGCCUCAACCAAAACUGGACUCGGACUCAGAUGCUAACCUGAAGCGAGAGGUGGAGGCGGAUCGGGAGUCUCUGGAUACACUUGCUGCUCAGCCUCAGUCCCCCUCACCAGAGGCAGAAUAUGACAAACUACUGGAUGUGGAGGCGGUGCCGAUGCCUGACGGACAGCUCUGCUUAUUGGCUCUGCCACCAGAGUGCUGUCAGGGCGAGGGACCCGAGGCCAUGCAGUACCUCAAGCUGUUCUGUCGCUACAUCACAGACCGCAAGGGUGUGGUUUCAGGCAUCCUGCUGGUGACUUCUAACAAGAUCUUCUUUGACCCGUGUAAGACACACCCCCUGGUGAAGGAACACGGCUGUGAGGAAUACCUCCUGUCAUGCGCCGUUGACAGUCUGGCAUCUGUUUCCUUCUUCUCCGACAUCUCACACGUUCACUUCACCAAGUCCCAGCAGAGGAAAAAAGGAAAGAACAUUUUCCAGAAGUUGAGAAGUGCCAAAAGGCGAACAGAUGGCGUCCCAGACCCAAAGGGGGAGUCUGCGGCUCCAUCAGAGCUAUCUCUGGAUCUGAGCCUGACCAAAGAGUCUUCUGCGGAGGAAGAGGAGGCUGAGAGCAGAGACAUGGCGGAGGCUGAGGAGGAGCUGAACAGCAGCCCGCUGGAGGUGCUGUCAGAGGCGUCUGUAGGCGUCCUGGGUGUGGCCGUCCUGAGCAGCGCCGCCACCUUCUGCUGUGGAGGUCAAGAGGCAGUGAGUAACCUGCGGCACUCUGAUGAAAAAGACAAGUCCACUGUGAAGAGCAAUACUGCAGGGCCUCGGAGGUCGUCGGCGGGCAGUCCAGGGAGUCUGAUGUUUGUGCGGCUGCGGGUUCAGCCGUCUGCAGGGAAGAAGAAGGGUAUAGGAAGCCUUCAGCUGGGGUCGGCCAAAACAUUACCCAGAAGGGAAGCCUGGCUCGCCCUUUCACAAGACAGCUCCGACGAGCUGUAUGCCUACCUUACACACUGUCGACCAGACUUGUGUAUCCUCGAGGGAGUGGAGGAAGACGGCGAGGCCAACCACGACGAAGAGGAGUUCGUGCUGAUUGAGGACAAACAGGGGGAGGAGGAGGACGAGGGCGAAGAGGACGAGGAGGAGGAGGCGUUCCAGAGGCAUCGCAGCUCAGGGGACGACUGGGAGAUGGUGUUGAUGGAGGAGAGCGGGGACAAGCUGACCCCGGCCAUCGACCGGGACCCCGAAGGACUGAACAAUAUCGUAGCGAGCAGCCACAUUUUAGAAGCUUCGGAUGUCAGAGAGCUCUGUAAGGAGCUUCCCCCCAGGACAGUGGGCCACACCUGGCAGCUGGCUUACAGUACGUCCCGCCAUGGCGCCAGCCUCAAGUCCCUCUACAGAAAACUCAGUAGCACAGACUCCCCUGUGCUUAUUGUCAUCAAGGAUGCAUUUGACGAGAUAUUCGGGGCCUUCCUCUCCCACCCUCUGAGGCUCAGUGAGACGUUCUACGGCACCGGAGAAACGUUCCUCUUCAUGCUGCGCCCUCGCUUCAAGUGCUUCCGGUGGACUGGAGAGAACUCAUUUUUUAUUAAAGGAGAUUUGGACUCCUUUGCCAUUGGUGGAGGCAGUGGUCACUUCGGUCUGUGGGUGGAUGAGAACUUGUACCUGGGUCGCAGCAGCCCCUGCUACACCUUCAAUAACUGUUGCCUCUCCGAGACCGAUGACUUCCAAGUCAUGGAGCUGGAGGUGUGGACGUUCAGCUGAAGAGUGGCCCUGACUCGCCUCGUCCCCGCCUGACCAGCUUAAUCAAGACGGCAUUUAUCACCGGCAGAAACAAACACAGCCCGCUCAUUCAAUUCAUGGAGACAUCUGUGUAAAAAAAAAAAAAAAAAAAAACCCAAAAACA